AAUCCAACCACUCUUUCCCUGCAUUCUUAAGAAUAUUAUAUUACUACCUAACAUGGCAGCGAGCGUACCAGUGAACGUGUUUGGAGAACCAAUCACUGAUGCAACUGUAAGGAAGUAUUUUCCAGAUAAGAAAGAAAUCACCCGCAAAGACAGGGCUUACUUUGCAUACAACCUCCAGGAAGCAGACAAAAAGCAUGACGAGGCCCAAGAGUAUGUGCUGCAACAAUUCAAGGAGUGGUACGGCCAAGAAGCCGCUACAUUAAUCACAAUUUAUAAUGCCACUGGAGACACCUUAACAUAUUAUACGCACCAUGAUUUCCAUGGCCAUAUCGAAACUCCCCACAAGUACACUCAAGAGAUUCAGAACGGCCAGUGGGCCGCUUUCCUCCAUGUGGGGUCAUACGCCGCCGUUGUAUACAGCGGCCGGAACAGCAAGGGACAAGAGAUUGGCUGGUUGCACUCUUGGUACAAUAAAGCCAGCGACAAUAGAAAAUUCGUUUUCACUGAGGUUCAAUGGCCUGAACAUUACGAUUCUGGUAAAGUUUGGAAGUAUGUAGAAUCCGAGAUGAAAAUUAAUUCUUACGAUAACACUGCGAUUGGAUGCUACACUAUUGCCUCCUUCAGCAAAGAAUACCCCUACAAAUAUGAAGGAACAAUGACCUUGGACAGUGUCCUUUGAUUCACCUGAGCUUAAUAUUGCAGAAUAUUUGUAUUAAUUAGUUGCAUGCAAUAUAUGUAUAUAUGAAACAAACUAUAUAUAUUGACAAAUAUGCCAAUAUAUAUAAGUUGAAUGGUGCUCAGAUAGGGAUAUCUUCAACUCUAUAGGUUGGGGUAUCUUCAACUGAGUCGUUGUAUUAUAUAAGAUAUCUCUGUAUAUGUAUCUUUAAGAAUAAGGCUGUAAGUGCCAGUGCAUGCAGCAUUAAUGUUUUAUUUUAUAGACUUCGGCUACUUGUGCUCUAUCUUGUCGGGAUUAUUCCCUUGCAAGAAGUUGCCAUAAUAAAAUAUUCUAUAUUUACUA